CUGGGGUGAGUGACAGACGAGGGGGCGAGCUGCGCGACCAGCGGUUUGUUUUUCGGAGCGUUCCUGAGGUGGAGAACGGCGGCCGGACCGAGCGACUGCGGGACUGAGGGACUGGCGGUCGGGCGGGCCGAGCGGCGCCGCCGAGGCCGGGCUGGGCCGAGCCGAGGAGCGCCGGCGAUGUAGCGGGCCACCCUGCCCAUGCCACAGCGCCCGGCUGCGGGCGGAGCCGGAGCCGGAGCCUGGGGAGGCGGCGGGGGCCCUGAGCGCAGCCCGCGCCCCCUGCGCGGAGCCAGGCCCGCUGCCGUCCCCGCCGCCCGGGCCCCCGGCAUGCAGCCCCGGCUGCGGAGGUGACACUCGGGCCCAAGACGCCGCCGCCGCCAUCGCCACCAUGGACGAACAGGAGGCAUUGAACUCAAUCAUGAAGGAUCUGGUGGCCCUCCAGAUGAGCCGACGUCCCCGGGUGCCUGGAUAUGAGACCAUGAAGAACAAAGAAACGGGUCACCCAAAUAGGCAGAAAAAACACAACAGCAGCAGCUCAGCCCUUCUGAACAGCCCCACAGUAACAACAAGCUCAUGUGCAGGGGCCAGUGAGAAAAAGAAAUUUUUGAGUGACGUCAGAAUCAAGUUCGAGCACAACGGGGAGAGGCGAAUUAUAGCAUUCAGCCGGCCUGUGAGAUAUGAAGAUGUGGAGCACAAGGUGACGACAGUGUUUGGGCAGCCUCUCGAUCUACAUUACAUGAACAAUGAGCUCUCCAUCCUGCUGAAGAACCAAGAUGAUCUUGAUAAAGCAAUUGAUAUUUUGGAUAGAAGCUCAAGCAUGAAAAGCCUUAGGAUAUUGCUGCUGUCCCACGACAGAAACCAUACCAGUUCCCCUCCCCACUCCGGGGUGUCCAGGCAGGUGCGGAUCAAAGCUUCCCAGUCUGCGGGAGACAUAAAUACCAUCUACCAGCCCCCUGAGCCCAGGAGCAGGCACCUCUCUGUCAGCUCCCAGAACCCUGGCCGAAGCUCGCCUCCCCCUGGCUACGUGCCUGAGCGGCAGCAGCGGAUUGCCCGACAGGGGUCCUACACCAGCAUCAACAGCGAGGGGGAGUUCAUCCCAGAGACCAGCGAGCAGUGCAUGCUGGAUCCCCUGAGCAGUGCUGAAAAUUCCUUGUCAGGAAGCUGCCAGUCCUUGGACAGGUCCGCAGACAGCCCAUCCUUCCGGAAAUCACGAAUGUCCCGAGCCCAGAGCUUCCCAGACAACAGACAGGAAUUCUCGGAUCGGGAAACUCAGCUCUAUGACAAAGGGGUCAAAGGUGGAACCUACCCCCGGCGCUACCACGUGUCCGUGCACCACAAGGACUACAAUGACGGCAGAAGAACAUUUCCCCGAAUACGGCGUCAUCAAGGCAACCUGUUCACCCUGGUGCCCUCCAGCCGCUCCCUGAGCACAAAUGGCGAGAACAUGGGCCUGGCGGUGCAGUACCUGGACCCCCGAGGGCGCCUGCGGAGUGCGGACAGUGAGAACGCCCUCUCUGUGCAGGAGAGGAACGUGCCAACCAAGUCUCCCAGUGCCCCCAUCAAUUGGCGCCGGGGGAAGCUCCUGGGCCAGGGUGCCUUUGGCAGGGUCUAUUUGUGCUAUGAUGUGGACACAGGACGAGAACUUGCUUCCAAGCAGGUCCAGUUUGACCCAGACAGUCCAGAGACAAGCAAGGAGGUGAGUGCACUGGAGUGUGAGAUCCAGUUGCUGAAGAACUUGCAGCACGAGCGCAUAGUGCAGUACUAUGGCUGCCUGCGGGACCGUGCCGAGAAGACGCUGACCAUCUUCAUGGAGUACAUGCCGGGGGGCUCAGUGAAGGACCAGUUGAAGGCCUACGGAGCUCUGACAGAGAGUGUGACCCGAAAAUACACCCGGCAGAUCCUGGAGGGCAUGUCCUACCUGCACAGUAACAUGAUUGUUCACCGGGACAUCAAGGGAGCCAACAUCCUCCGAGACUCUGCUGGGAAUGUGAAGCUGGGGGACUUUGGGGCCAGCAAGCGCCUGCAGACCAUCUGCAUGUCAGGCACGGGCAUGCGCUCGGUCACUGGCACUCCCUACUGGAUGAGCCCUGAGGUGAUCAGCGGUGAGGGCUACGGAAGGAAGGCAGACGUGUGGAGCCUGGGCUGCACCGUGGUGGAGAUGCUGACAGAGAAACCACCUUGGGCAGAGUAUGAAGCCAUGGCCGCCAUUUUCAAGAUUGCCACCCAGCCCACCAAUCCUCAGCUGCCCUCCCACAUCUCUGAGCACGGCCGGGACUUCCUGAGGCGCAUUUUUGUGGAGGCCCGCCAGAGACCUUCGGCCGAGGAGCUGCUCACACACCACUUUGCACAGCUCGUGUACUGAGCUCUCAAGGCCACGCUGUUGCUGGCCGCCCCCUGCUGCAUAGGCGAGGGGCUGCUGUGGGGCUCAGCGAAGUUGCUGCUUCUCCCAGGCGAGGCUGUGGACCACGGAGCUGCAGUCCGGCCCGCGUUGUCUGUGCCCUUCUGCUGCCGGGGCCCAGAGCCAGGUAGGGUGGCUGCAGCCUCACGGACUGGGAGCCCCCAGCCUGCCAGACCUGAAGCUCCAGCGUCCCAAGCUCAGCCUGGAGGGGAAGGGGCUAGCAACAGCGUGCGAGGCGCCGUGGGCCCCACCCUCGGGACUGUGUCCUGACACCGCAGUCAGCACCAGACCCCCAGAGAGUCUGGGGGCACAGGAUGGACACGAGGGUCUGAAUAGUGUUACUUUCAUUCAGAGUGUUAUUUUGUUUCUCCUCCCCAUGUCUGGAGACCGCCAGGGCAUCUCUGGGCUGGAUGAGCCCAGCCAAGCCUGAGGUAAAGCCCAGCAUCCCGCAGCCAAUGGAAAGCGGAGGCCUGGGCUGCACUCUCCCUGGAGCCCCAGGCCAGCUUUGCCAGUCCCUGUCCUUUACCAAAGAUGAAUGAAGCAAAUGUUAUGCUGCCUUAUUCAGGGAAGGAGGAGCCUGUCCUGCCUGCCCCCAUGACCCUGACCCCCUCCCACCCUCAAGCAGGGGCCUGAGAUGUGGAACUGCCCCCACUGAGCGGGAGACCCAGUUUUGUCAAUGCAAUUGUCUCUGUUUUACAAGUUGGAGUCACUCUUAUGCUGUACCCAGUUUCUAAACUGGAGACUUCGUGUGCCCUCUGGGCUCUGAGUACCCCUGCUGUGGGCUUGGGCCUUGGGCCAGAUUGGAAAGAGCUGAAGGUCAUGGCCUUUGUGCUCCUGGCCUGGCACCUGUUCCCCUCCUGGGGCAGAAAGGAAGAUGGACAACACAGUGAAGGCAUCUGAGCCGGCUGGCUACCCUGAGUGGGCCGUUCAGGGCAGCCAGGGGAGUCGUAUCAGGCUGUCUGCGGGUCACGACCCGCUAGGCCAGAGCUCUCUCUGAUGCCACCGUGUCCAAAACUGCAAAGCUCUGUUCCUCCUUGGCCAGCCUUGCUCAUCCCCAUGAGGUCUCAGCCUCUUUCCCUUGUUGCUCCUAUGGGGGAGGAAUGGCAGCAGGGGUCAGGGAGCCAGUAUCUCCAAGCAGCUUAGAGUUGGCCUUAUUUACCUCAGCCUGGGCGCUGGUCCUUUCUUCCGGCCCCUCCCCUCCAAAAAUGUGCCUAUUGCUAGAGCUCCUCCCUCUCAACACCCAGUUUCCUUGGGAGUUGUCAUUAAAGGAAAAAAAAAAAAAAAAAAAAAAAGCCAGUGCCCAGGGAUGGGUGUCUCCAAGGAGCUGGGGAUUAGCGCCAGGCAGCUCAUUGCCAGCCUUGCCCACUUCCCCACGGGCACCAGAACAAGCCAAAGCCUUCGUUGUAUGUUGACGAUGCACUUUUAUGAAUGUAGUUUCUAUCGCUGUUUUUAGCCUUUUCACAUCAUGUAAUGUGAGGCCUUGUACUUGUUAAUUUAUAUCUCAGAUCAUAUUUGAUGGUUUUUAUAUAUAUCAAUUCUAGACUGUUACAGGUGA